GAUUUCUUCAUAGUGGGCGGAGUCAGCGCGGCGGCGGAGGAAUCCAGGGCGGAGGGAGGUGUUUAUGAAGAGCGGUUGGCGGCGGUUGGAAAUUAGUCCGAACCGAGCCUUCGAGGGGUGACUGUUUAGCUUGCUGGAGCUGCGCGCUACAUCCAUUCGAAAUGGCUGAUCAACUGACAGAGGAGCAGAUCGCAGAAUUCAAAGAAGCCUUCUCACUAUUUGAUAAGGAUGGUGAUGGCACAAUUACAACAAAGGAGCUGGGUACAGUGAUGAGGUCGCUUGGCCAGAACCCUACAGAGGCAGAGCUGCAAGAUAUGAUCAAUGAAGUAGAUGCAGAUGGUAAUGGAACAAUUGACUUCCCUGAAUUCUUGACUAUGAUGGCUAGAAAAAUUAAAGACACAGACAGUGAAGAAGAAAUUAGAGAAGCAUUCCGUGUGUUUGACAAGGACGGUAAUGGCUACAUUAGUGCUGCUGAGCUCCGUCAUGUUAUGACAAAUCUUGGUGAGAAGUUAACAGAUGAAGAGGUUGAUGAAAUGAUCAGGGAAGCAGAUAUUGAUGGAGAUGGUCAAGUAAAUUACGAAGAGUUUGUACAAAUGAUGACAGCAAAGUGAAGACUGUACAGAAUGUGUUUAAAUUUCUUGUACAAAGAUGUUUAUUUGCCUUUCUUUGUUUGUAACUUAUCUGUAAAAUGUUCCCCCUUACUGUCAGAUUUGCAUGUAUAGUAAUUUUAGAAUUCCAGACAUGUUUCCCAUAUUGUCACUGUCUUUUAUUUUUACAUUUUACUCUUUUUGGUUUCCAUGAAAAGUUGAUCAAGUAACAAAUGCUGCAUGUGGCUUACUCUGGAUUUUUCUCAAAGCCCUCUGUGCACAUGGAAGAGCUGGAUGAAUUGGGUCACAAGGAACAUCUGGGCUCUACAGUUUCCUUUUUCUUUCUCCUUUUUGUUCCUCCCAAGUUGGAUUUCUUCAAGUAACUUGUCUGCUUGUUGGAAUGUGGAGUAAACAACUCUAAACUACAGAUAGUUAAACAAUAUUGAACUUAUGUUGCACUAAUGCAAAGCUGGUAUAUCCAGAUACAUGUCUCGUAUUUUUUGUUCUGCCUUCCCUCCCAUUUCUUUGCUCCAGACCUGUGUAUGGAACAUCACUAUGCUUUUUUCCCUUUUUUCUAUUUCUCUCUCUCUCCACUGUUGUGAAGGGUCUGCAUGUGAUUUGUAAACUCCUUCACCAGUUAAAGGUUUACUUUUGUUUAGCCACUUUUCAGAAAACCUGCUUAUGGCACAAUUUGCCUCAAAUCCAUUCCAAGUUGUAUAUUUGUUUUA